UUUACUUACAAUUUUUAUCUUUCAGUCGUCCCGUCACAUCACAUGUGCUUUGUGCGAAUCUCUGUGCGAAUGUGGAGAAGAUGUAAAUCUUUACGCAAUUUUCUACCAUCGUUCUACAAAUAUUUGCCAAUCUUACAGAAACAAAAGUUAAAGUUAGCAAAUACUCGAGCUUGUUAAUAUCUCGUAAAGUUUUGUGGAGUUACUAAAUAUUAAAUACGAAUUAUUUGGUUAUUGUAUGCACUCAAUUUUUGCAAAGCGUGCAAAAUUGAAAACUUUGGGAUACAAAGUUACAUCGCAAAUAUGUGGAAUUAUUAAACACAAAUUAUUUCGGCUAAAGCGUGCAAAAAAUUAUUCGGUUAUUGUAAACCCUCCAUUUUUCUCAAAGCGUACAAAAUUGAAAACUUGGAAAUAUGUACAAAUAUUCGAGCUUGUUAAUAACUCGUUACGUUUUGUGAAGUUAUUAAACGCAAAUUAUUUCGACAAAAGCGUGCAAAAUUGAAAACUUGGAGAGGAAGAAGGACAAAGAAGAAAAAAGACCUCGUCAACUCAACCAAGAAAUCCUUUGAACUUGAGGCAUCAUCACCAUCUCAUCGCCCCGAGAAAGAAAGAAAGAAAGCGAGAAAUAAUUACCUUUCCCCCGACCAAAUCCCCCACGGUUCGUACUUCGUGUGCCUCCAACUUGACUUUAUCAGUCAGUCGGUCUACAACGUGAGGCGAGUUGCGUUGCGUCCUGGCUGGAUUUGGUGGUGGUGGUGAGAGUGAAAGUGUGAGAGUGAAAGCAAACUGGAAGAAAUCAAUACUCUCCCUGCUUUCUCUCUACAUCGUCAUUUAUAUAAAUCCCAUCAACUCAACUACUAUUCAACUACUCCAUCGAAUCGACUCUACGUACGUACAUAAGAUAUUUUAUGCAGUCGGCUGCACACCACCGUCGCCGUCAAACGUGCUCCACUUUCUCCGUCUCGUCUACUUUCUCUUCUCCAGUUUUAAAGUAGGCUUUCUCUUCUCGUGUCGUGUGUGGAGUGAAAUUCCCAGUUUUUUGUUACUCCAGCAGGAUUUCUGAAUAUUGAAAACAUUGGAUUUCUGAAUAUCGAAAAUAUUGACAGAAAAGAAGCAGUCCAGUUUUAAACUAGUUUUCGUUCGUGGAGUGAAAUUCUCAGUUUUUUUCUUAUUUUACUCAAGUACUUGAACUAAGUUGAAGGAUUUCUGAAUAUCGAACAAAAUAUUGACACAAGUGAAAACCAGGGCGUGCUGAUAUUUAUUUAAUAAAAAAGUGUUUUUCUGGAAAUUCAUAUUUGUUUCCGGAAUGAACAAAUAAAAGGGAAAUACAUAGCUCUCUCUCUGGCAGGAUCUUCUAUUUCGACACAAAUAGGAGCGAAAUCUGUACCGAUUUCGAUUUGAAGGAAUUGUGGUCUGGUUUUGGUUUCCCUUGUUGACUCAGAACUCAAGAGUUUCUUCUUGGUAAUGAUGAUUGGAGUGGUUGUGCUUCCUCCUCGUUCGUAGCAAAUUUAGUGCAAUUUUAGCCAGAAGAGGAGAAAGUAUAUGGACCUUCGCAGAUCACCUAAAACAGAAUCUCAUUCAUCUUCAAGCAGCUUAAAACUAAGCAGGAAAAUUACUCAAAGAGCCAAUUUUCACACAACCAAAGUGAUCAACAGUUGUGUUGUUUUUGUUAAUAAUCCUCGUAAGUAGGUUUCUUGGAAGAACAAGACCAAGAACAAGAACACGGAAACUUUUGGGACAAAAGAACACAAACUUAGGAGGGGAGCUUGCGAGCUCCCCUCCUUAGUUCAGUAGAAAGAAAGUGAAACUUGUCAGAAACUGAGUUUCUUUCUUCUCAAAUUCCUCAAUUUUGUUUUUGCUCUCGCAAAAAAGUAAUCACUGUUCUACUCAAGGACUUUAAGAUAGAAAACUUUACCAUAAUUUCUGAACAAAAAAGUGUGAAUAAAAUUUCCAUAAAUUUUUUUUUAAAAAGUGUCAAAUUUACGUACAUAAAAAAUCAUACAUAAUUCCACCUCAGUAUUUUACGUGUUCCCCCGAAAAGUGGAAAUAAUUACAUAGAUAAAACUUUAAAGUGUGUCUAACGUUUCAGUAAAACUAAAAAUAAACACGUGUCAAAUUUACAUAAAACAGAUAAAAUCAUAAUUUGGGACUACAGGCAAUUUAUAUUUUAAGUGAACUGAACGGAAAUAGAUAAUUUUUGGGGAGAUAAAUUUCCAUAAAUUUUCGAAAAGUGUUUCUCUUCUUGGGUGUGGCUGAACAGGAUGCGGAAACCGUCGUCAUUAACGUGGAGAUCAUCCUCCUCCCAGAAGUUAACUUUGUUCCUGGUGGGAAUAGCGGUGGUGACCAUGUUGUCCGUGCCAAUCGGGGUGAACGGUCUGCAAUGCUACGAGUGCCUUUCCCUGUACUGCAAUUCGCUUGCGGUGUGCGAAUCUGUAAAGAGAACGAUGCUCUCCGUGUUCGUGCCGAAGGGUCACAUCAUCCAUUUCAAUCCCUUGGACCCCUGUCCGGAGGGGGAGGACCCGGCAAAUUCCACAAAAUGGGAAGAAAUCAGCCGAGAAUGCCAAAGAUCCGACUCGGUCUGUAUCGUCUCCCCGAUCGAGAUAAUCUCCAUCAUCGACGGGUCCAAAAACGGUAAAAAACUUGAAUCCGAAACUUCUCUGACGACCACGGGCUACGUUCGGGGGUGCGCCUCGAGAAGAAAAUUGCAAGAAAAUGACCCCACCAUCCGCGUCCAUGUCAACCUCUUGUCGUCCUCGGGAAGUAAAAAUAAGAAUCGCUCGGCGUCGGCGUCAACGCCAUCGUCGUCGUCAUCCUCGUCAUCGUCGUACGGCCAACCUUCUCAAGACCUCGAGAUGGAGGAGGACUUAUCAAAACUCAGCUUUAAUGAUGGUUAUCAAAUUAAGCGGGUCCAUUCGCAUGAAUUUUUUAUCGAUCAGGGGACAGCAAAUGCGACCAAGUGUUUUGAAGAUAAGUGUAACACGAAGGUGAGGGCGAGAUCGGGGUCGUCGCCAAGAUUGCGACUUAGUUUUGGCGUCAGUGUCCUCCUUCUUAUCAGUGGUGCGACGUUAAGUAGUAAAUUAUUGUUUGAUCUGUAGCUGUAAUGCAAUACAAGUAAUUAAUUUAAGAAGUUAAUUAAUACAGUAAUUAAGUAUUUAAGAGGAAAAGUUAUCCAUGAUAAGCAACAACUUCAAGAACAACCUAUUCUGUAAGUGAACCAUGAACCGCCGUAUGUAAUACGUUUAAUUAAGUAAAUUAUUUAAUUAAUUACUGAAAUGGUUAAAUAUUUAGACGCUAGUACAUAAGUUAUCAAUACUUACAGAUAAGCAACUACAUACUUAUCGUCUUCGUGAACCUGUUAAGUUUAGGGAUGAAGAGACACUAAUAAGUUAUCAAUAUUUACAGAUAAGCAAUUAUUCAUGCAACUAUGUGUUAAGUUAUGUAUGUGUAUUAACUAUGAACCCGUGAUGAUGAUGUUUAGACGCUUAGUUAUCCAUAUUUACAGUCUUACAGAUAAGUAAGUACUACUUAUCAUCCUCGUUAAACUUAAGCUACAUACGCAUACAUAAUAACUACCUAUGAACCCAUGACUAUGUAUGAUAAGCAGCAAAGUAUUUUAAAAUAUUGUGCAUUUUUUCGGAAAUUUAUGUAUUCUAAUUUCUGCUCAAUCCUACGUCCUACCUUUUACGUGUACAGACAUACAUAUUCGAAUAAGUACGACUUGCUAGUUUCCCUUACUGCGAAAAAUUCCUGAGAAAAAGUCAGACGGAAUCGGACACCUUUCUUUUUUGGAGGUGUUCCAACAACCCGGACCAAGUUACCCGGGUGAACCAGGAUGGAGCGUAUGUCUUAUGAUGACAUUUAUUUGACUCUGUCAACCCGGAAUUUCUGACAUAAUCAAUUGUUCCAAAUUAGAUAAAUGUCACAUUUAUUCGCCACGUGUUUCAGGCCAACUGCACGAAAAUAUGUUACGCAAUGGGAGAAGAUGAACCCAUCUACCUAAAGAAGUACAGACAUUUAAUUUACGAGUGGGUGGGAGACAGUGGUGCUGUGGAACAUUAAAGACAGUGGCCGCGGAAGCUGUGGGGACAUGUGGGGACGUUAACAUUGGACGGGUUUAUAUAAGAUGGGGAGAUGAUGCGGACAUCAGAUAAUCGUAGGGACAUUGUCCCUCUGUCCAAACCCACGCUUCCGCGGCCACUGCAUUAAAGCAAGUUAUACUUGUGUAAGUAAUCAGUGGCUGCGGAAGCCGUGGGGACAUCGGGGUACAUUGUCAUUUGUAGGAUAAUGGAGGGAUGGGUUUAUAUAAGAUGGGCAGAUGAUGGGGACAUCGAACAACCGUGGGGACAUUGUCCCUCUGUCCCACACACGCUUCCGCGGCCACUGAUUAAAGAUACGUAUAUAUAAAAAAGUGAGUAAGUAGUCCAUUGUCCAGGAAUCAUAAAAAGAGAGAACCGAAAAGAAAUAAUAAAGACAUAUAAAAUGCUUUGGGAUCACUCUGGA